GAUAUUGGAAAUAUAAUGUCACCAGAAUAUCAUACAUCAAAUAACCCUCAGAGUGCACCAGUUAAUUUCCAAAUGGGGAGUGUGUUUCAGAAUAAAGACAGGGAUAAUGACAGAAGCUCACCUCCAUUCAACACUCAUGGUUCCCAGAUUCAGUUUGCAAGCUUUUCAGCUGAUCAUGCAACAUCAUAUGCUCGCAUGCAGUACAGGCCAAAGGUCAAUUCAAAAUUAGAACACAGCCCUAGGUUGCCUGUCAAUAGGCCAGGACCAUACACAGUUCUACCAAACAUAGAAGACCAAAAUAAAGGAUCCGACGAGUUGCGAAAGAGUGACCCAGAUGGCUAUCUAGCUAAGAUGCAAAAAUCAAAACAAGGACCACAAUAUAAACAAUAUACACUAAAAGAUUAUCAAAAACUGAAGGUAGAUACAAAACUUGGAGGCUUAGGUCCAGACACUGAAGCUGCUCAAAUAAAGCAAGAAAAAGUAAUGCGACAAAGAGAGUAUGCCAAGCUAGUUAUGAUGCAAAACCGUAAGGCGUUUCAGAAAUCCAAAGCACCAGGAUGGAUUCCUCAGCAGCCAUCUCCACAAGAUAGAGGUCUAACUAAACGGGAUAUAGUAAGUUGAUAUCGAUAAUAUAUU